CUGCACCCGCCGGUUACAUAUGCGUUUUCUUCUUCUUAUUUAUUUAUUUUUAAAUCAUAUAUACAGCGAGAGAGAGAGAGAGAGAGAGAGAGAGUUGAUCUACUGGCGCAUUUGGCCCUUUCACAAGCUUCGGUUCGCAAAUCGCAAUAAAUAUUUCCACCAUUAUCCCGUUGCUGCUGCUUCUGCGUUUUUGAGGUCCCUUUAUUUCAAUUAUGUCGGAUGUAGCUCUCAGAGAUGUCAGUAAAGUGCCCGAGCCUGAGAGAUUGAACGGAAUUCCCAAUAUUGGAAACAUGAUGAAACCUUCUGCAGAAGCCAUUAAUGAGAACACUGGAGAAAAACAAAGAAAAACUAUGGACUCUUUGGUUGACAUUUCUAUUGAGAAAAAUGGGACAAAGGAUUCUGGACCAGAGGUGGCAAAUUCAGAAGUAGAGUACAUCGACUCAAAGGAUUUGAAGGAUGUGGAAGAUGUUGAGGAUUGCUUAAAGAAACUUUUGUCAGAACUAGGCUCCAAAGACUGGGUUUCAGUGUGUGAAGCACUCAACAAUGUUCGUAGAUUGUCUAUUUUUCAUGAGGAAUCCACUGCUGGCAUGUUGGGCGACAUAAUCUCCUUGGUGGUGAAAUCAUUGAAGAAUCCAAGAAGUGCUGUUUGUAAAACAGCAAUCAUGGCUUCUGUUGACAUUUUCAAAGUCUACAACGAUGGUAUCAUAGAUUCAGUGGAUCCACUGCUCGUACAACUUCUGCUGAAAUCUUCACAAGACAAGAGAUUCGUAUGUGAGGCUGCUGAUAAUGCUCUAAUAGCCCUCACCAGCUCAGUUUCCCCUCUCUUACUGUUGCCCAAAUUGCAACCUUAUGUCAAGAACAGGAAUCCUAGAAUUCGGGCUAAGGCAUCUAUGUGCAUAUCUCGAAGUGUACAACGAAUGGGACCUGAUGAAAUUAAAGCUUUUGGAAUCGACCAACUGGUACAAGUUGGUGCAUCCCAGUUGAGCGACCAGCUGCCCGGGUCGAGGGAUGCUGCUCGUACCCUGUUACUGGACUUGCAAUCCAUAUAUGAAAAACUGCAUACUGAUUCAUCUGAUGGGCAUCCCGCCGAGUCCUGGGAAGAGUUCUGCCAAUCAAAGCUUUCGCCUUUGAGUGCUCAAGCUGUUCUUCGGGUGAGCAAUAAUGCCCGGGAGGGACUUGUUUCAGGUUCUUAGCAUAAGCACUACAUAUGGGACUUGGUGAGUGUUAUUCUUUCAUCAUCUGGAGUUGGAUCCACAAUUUUUACACAUGUACAUAUCAACUGGUAAAAGUUUGCUAUGGUGUUGGGCAAGGUGACUGAGUUUGAGUAAUUGAGGUAUAGAUCAAUUCGACUGUGAAUGAAAAAGGAAUGAAUGGCUCUUUGCUUUUAGAUAUGUAUUGCGUUUUUGUUUCAUCUCAGUCUUGACUUCACAAUAAUCCAUGAAGAAGAUUUAUGGUGGUAUAUGUUUGCAUUAUUUGUACUUGGCAUGAAAUAUAUGUGGUUGUGUGCUUGAGCUCGAGCAAGUUGCCUACAAAUGAA